AUGCCAAAUCAAGGAGAAACUGAAGAAGAUCAUGAACAACAAAAGAGUAAAAAACCAGCUGAUACGGCUUUUAAGCAGCAACGUUUACCUGCAUGGCAACCAAUAAUAACUGCUAAUACAGCACUACCGGUGUUUUUAAUUAUUGGUUUAACAUUUAUUCCAAUUGGUAUUGUACUUGUUGUUACAUCAGAACGAGUACUUGAAUAUGAUAUUGAUUAUACUGAUAGCAAUUGUAUGAGUACAACUAAUUCAAGUGUAACCUGUGCAGAUGUAUUAGAAACAGCAAAUUAUAAUGGAACGACAUGUUAUUGUGAAACACAAUUUACUUUAGAUACAGCAUUUGAAGGUGACGUUUAUUUUUAUUAUGGCUUAACCAAUUAUUAUCAAAAUCAUCGUCGUUAUGUGAGAUCACGUGAUGAUAAUCAAUUAUUGGGUAAUACAGGUGCAGUGAGCAGUGAUUGUCAACCAUUUCAACAAAUGUCAAAUGGAAGUGGUUAUACACCAUGUGGUGCUAUUGCUAAUUCAAGAUUUAAUGAUUCACUAAGCUUAUCAUAUAAAGGCAAUGGAAAUGAAAGUGUCCCAUUUACAAAUCUUGGUAUUGCUUGGUCUACAGAUAAAGCUGUUAAAUUUAAAAACCCAUCGAAUGCUGCAACUUUUUUUCCUGCAAAUCUACGUCCACCAAAUUGGCAAAUAACAGCAUGGGGUUUAGAUCCAAAUAAUACUGAUAAUAAUGGUUAUGAAAAUGAAGAUUUUAUUGUUUGGAUGAGAACUGCUGCAAUGCCAACAUUUAGAAAAUUGUAUCGAAAACUACAAAGACCUUCGUCAGGAUCAUUUCAAGGUGGUUUACCAAAAGGAAAUUAUACUCUUACUGUUACUUAUACUUAUCCAGUAAAAAGCUUUUCUGGACGAAAGCAAUUUAUAAUAAGUACAACAUCAUGGAUGGGAGGAAAAAAUCCAUUUCUUGGCUGGGCUUAUAUUGCUGUUGGAAUUGUUUGUAUGAUAACAUUCGUCGUCUUUUUUAUUCUUCAUAAAACAUGGAAAACACAAAAUCGGCCUCCAAUGUAA